CGAGAAAUCCCCCUCCCGGCAUGCACCGCGCCGCCGGCGUUAUAUAUAUAUAGCGGUAAAAAUAGCCGGGCGGGACAUGCAGCAGAGGCGGCCGCGGCGAGCCCGACCCGCCGCUCGCUGACCCCCGCGCCGCCCCACGCCAGCCCAGCAGCCGGAGCCUGCAGCUCUGCACCACCCCGACCGCGGCAGCAUGUCAACAGAAAAACUCAAGCAUCACAAAAUCAUCUUCGUGGUGGGCGGCCCCGGCUCGGGGAAGGGCACCCAGUGCGAGAAGAUCGUGCAGAAGUAUGGGUACACCCACCUCUCCACCGGAGACCUGCUGCGCGCCGAGGUCAGCUCCGGCUCCGAGCGGGGCAAGAAGCUGAAGGCCAUCAUGGAGAAAGGCGAGCUGGUGCCCCUGGACACGGUGCUGGACAUGCUGCGGGACGCCAUGGUGGCCAAAGCGGACGUGUCCAAGGGCUUCCUGAUCGACGGCUACCCCCGCGAGGUGAAGCAGGGAGAGGAGUUCGAGAAGAAGAUCGCCCCCCCGACGCUGCUGCUCUACGUGGACGCGGGCAAGGAGACCAUGGUCAAGCGGCUGCUGAAGCGGGGCGAGACCAGCGGGCGGGUGGACGACAACGAGGAGACCAUCAAGAAGCGCCUGGAGACCUACUACAAGGCCACGGAGCCCGUCAUCACCUUCUACAAGAGCAGGGGCAUCGUCCGCCAGCUCAACGCCGAGGGCACCGUGGACGAGGUCUUCCAGCAGGUCUGCUCCCACCUGGACGCCCUGUAGCCGCCCGGCCGGCGGCCCCGCGCGCGCACGCACUCCGGCUCGGCGGCAGAGACAGCGGAAGUGGCUUUAUCCUGUUUUCGUGGACGGAGCCACGCGGAGGAAAUUUCAAGGACAUUGUGUUUGGCUCUUUCCCGUCUCUCCCCAGUAAAGUUCACUUUAAUGA